CGGGUUCUUGUUAACGAGCUUCUCAACCCGAACCCGACCAGAAAAAUUAUCAGAAAUUCAGAAUCACUCUCUCCCCUCAAAAUACAGGAAGGAAGCUUUGGACUUUGGGUGGCGGAUCCAUAUUUUUAGAGAUGGCAACGGAUCCAGAGCGGGAAGCAGCCUCUUCAUUGUCUUCAGCAGCCAAACGGCGCUUAUCUUGCACUACCUGCUUCGACGCUCUCUGGUUCUGCUACUCUCCAGUGCAUCAAAUGCAGCAAUAUUACAGGCUUGGACUUUUUGAUAACUGUUCUCAGAAAUGGAGUGAUUUGGUCGACUGUUUGACUCUCAAGACUAAAAGAUCUUCUCAAGUCCAGGAAAUUCUAGAGGCUCGUGAAAAAGCCAAGCCCCACCUUUGGAAGCUGCGGACACCAGAAGAAGCAUCAGUGCACUGGAGACAGCUGUUUGGACACUUGGAUGAUGAAGUGGAAUGAAAACCCCAAAUCACAGCUUUCUUUCUGAAGCAGAUGUCUGUGUUUGGUUUUUUUCUUUGUUUGCACUGUCCCCUAUGGUUACCAAAAUAAUAGGAUAGAAAUUACUGAGACAGAGCAUGCAGAACAAAUCCAUUGAUCGAUACAGGUAGGGGAAACAUGAUUUUGUUUGAGCUUAUUUCAUGUUGUUUUAUAGUUAAUAGAAAUGGCCGGCCAAUUAAACCAUUUGAGUUAGCUAGGUCCUGGAAGUAAUGGUAGGCUAAUUAUCUUAAAUCCGAUCCCUUUGUGUUUUCUCCAUCGGCUUGAACUUAAUUAAAUUGCUGGUGUUCAUGAUGAAACUCUAUUGAUCAGACUGCAGCUCUACCGGGUAUUCUCUUUCAUGGCAGUUCAAUUCAAUAACCUUUGUAGAGUGCUCCCUGCAACCCCUAAUGUAAGACUGGUUUCAGUUGUUGUGUU